CUCAACGGCGAGUUGUUUAAUUUUUUUCCUAAAGUUUUUUUUGUUCCAAAACGCUCUCUCUUUUCUUCUUCUCUUUACCUUUCUUUUUUAAUACUCGACAUCCCUGCACCUUACUUCUUGCUUCCCCCCUAUACGUCGUUAACAGACACACUAAUUCCCCCUUUUUUUAGAAAUGAAGUUUGCCGCCGUUAUCCUUGCCAUUGCCGCCGCCGCCACCGCACAGAAGGCCGAGCUCGCUGACGUCCUGGCUGCUCUGCCCACCAAUAUUAUCGCUGCCAUGACCUACUUCCCCACCUCCAUGAUCGCUGGUCUGAUGAGAGGUGAGGGGACCCUCCCCACUGACUUUGCUUCGCUCAUAGAGCUGGCUCCCGGAAUCCCCACCGAGGACAUCCCCCAGCUCUCCAGCGAUUACGUUGAGUUCAUGAACAAGUUCGGUGCCCUGAUCGGUGCGCCUGCUGCUCCCACCGAGAAUGUUUCCGAGGACCAGGAGGAGGAGGAGGCUUCGACUCCCGCUGCCACUACAGAGGAGACCGAGGAGGAGACCGAGGAGGAGACCACUAAGCCUGAGGAGGAGACCACUAAGUCUGAGGAGGAGACCACUAAGCCUGAGGAGAGCGCCGAUGAUAACAGCGAGGCCGUCUCUGAGGCUGACUCUGAGGCCGACUCUGAGGCUGAUAGCGAGGAGAAGGAUCUCGAGUCGCUCGACAACGACGCUUCCCAGGAGGACAAGUCCGAGUCCAAGGAGAAGUCUGAGAGCGAGCUCGAUGAGGAGAGCGAGAGUGAUGAGUCCUCGGGCUCCAGCUCGGCCUCAAAGAAGAGCAGCAGCUCCAGCGGUGCUGCCAAGGUUGCCGGCUCCAUGGCCGCUGCCGUCGUUGUCGUCGCCGCCGCCUUCUUCUAAGUUUGAAAUAGCGUGAUUUUUCUCUUCUAUAUAGUUCUUUUUGGAAAUUUCAAUGUCUUUUUUGGUCCAUUUUUGACUCUUGUGACUGACUGUUGAUGCAUUGAAGAAAAUAAUGAC